UCACUCCUGCGUGCCUUGGCCUCUUCAUGGCCCUUCAUCCCCUCUCUGUCUGCCCCUCCCACAGGCCACCGAGGCCAGCUCAUCCUCAUUAGUAUGUUACGUAACGUUGGUGGGGGUUUAGAUAAAAAUGUGCGCCUGUGCCUUCAAGAGUGGGAUGAAGGUGCUGGGAAGUGGACUGUGGCAAAUUAAAUGAGUUUGUGUGUGUCUGUGUGUGUGUGUGUGUGUGUGUGUAUGUUUCAGGCGGUGCAUUUGGUCAGCGGAGACGCACAAAAUGCAAAAAGUACACACACAGCAUCUCUUCCUAUUUAGAAUGGUCUCUUCACAUAUGUAUGUUUUUUCACUCCAAGUGUCAGUUCCUCUGCUAAAAGCAGUCUAUGUUGAACAUUUCAUGUCAUUUGAAGUCCAUUUAUCUAUUUAUUUAACACAAGGAACAAAUACAUUUAAAAUAUAUUUAACAGAAUAAAAACCCCUUGAGAUGCACCUUUUUGAAGGGGUUCCUGUAACUGUUCUGCAAUAAGCCAGAACAACUGUCCGGUGGGGCCCUUAAUUUUUUUGGGCCGGUACAUGACUGCUAUGAUAAGUCCUCCUCACCACACCGAGUAUCACGGAGCAACCGUCCCGCCCACGCCAAGGUGAGAAAUAUCAGCUGAACCAGAGUCAUAUCAUGGAUCUGCGCGAAACUGUGCAGUAAUGUGUGAAUCGCUGUUCUCGAGUCUCCUAGUGCGCCCAGAUGACAGGACAUGCCUGAUCCGUGACUUGCUCCAGAUGUGAUGUCGAGGAAUGCUACAGGCACCUCACAGCUGGCUCAGUUUUGCGGUCGCUGGAAUGGACGGCGAUACGGGGGCAGCGGGGCUAGAGGCGGCCGAGGGGCCGGGUGAAGAAACAACUACGCCUCUCGGUAAGCCCAUUGUCCAGGACCCGACAGUGGAAUUCGCCAGGAGGUGCAGUCUGAUAAUAAGUGAUAUCAAAUAUAAAGAAGAGUAUGAAAAGUCGAAGGGCCAGAGCCUCUUUGUCCCUGAGAUUGAGUUCCAGCAUGCAAAGAACCUGGGGGAGUACAUCUCCGAGAUGAAGUACAAGGAGGAAAGCAAGAAGGAGGUGUCCACCUCUCUGUACUCCCAGCUACCUGAAACCCUAGAAACACAGCACGCUAAAGUGGUCUCUCAGUUACAGAGCGAGAUCAAGUACAAGGAAAGCUUGAAAAUGGACAUUUCCAGUUCCCUUUACUCUCAGCUUCCAGAGACGACAGAGACCCAGUUUGUGAAGGAGCUCUCAGACCUGCAGAGUGAGAACAAGUACAAAGAGGAAGGGAAAAAAGAGGUUUCUACUUCCUUGUAUUCUCAACUGCCAGAAACCAAAGAGAUUGAGUUUGCCAAAGUGGUGUCAGAACACCAGAGUGAGGCUAAAUACAAGGAGGCCGGAAAGAAGAAUGUGUCCAGCUCUCUGUACUCCAAAAUGCCCGAGACCCUGGAGACACAACAUGCCAAAGAGGUCUCCCAGUUACAGAGCGAGAUCAAAUACAAAGGGGGGAACAACGGAACUUCAGCUUCUCUUUACUCACAGCUUCCAGAGACAGCUGAGAUUCAGCAUGCUAGAGAGCUCACAGAGAUGUUCAGUGACAACAAAUACAAAGAGAGUGGGAAAAGGAACAUGUCCAACUGCAUUUACUCUCAACUCCCAGAUACCACAGAGAUACAAUUUGCUAAAGCUAUGUCUGAUCUCCACAGUGAGACUAAGUACAAAGAGGCAGGAAAGAAAGAGGUGUCCAGCAGUCUUUAUUCACUGCUACCUGAGACAUUAGAGACCCAGCAUGCUAAGGAAGCCUCCCAGAUCCUGAGUGAGAUCAAGUAUAAAGAAGAUGGAAAGCAGGAGAUUUCCACCAGUCUUUAUUCUCUGCUGCCUGGGACAACAGAGACCGAGUUUGUUAAAGAGCUCUCUGACAUCCAAAGUGAGUACAAGUACAAAGAAGAUGGGAAAAAGAAGAUUUCCACUAGCCUUUACUCACAGCUUCCAGAGACGACUGAGAUGCAGUUUGCCAAACAGAUGUCAGAAAUGCAGAGUGAGGCUAAAUACAGGGAGGCAGGGAAGAAGCAGGUGUCCAGUUCUCUAUACUCCCAGCUCCCAGAGACCCUGGAGACCCAACAUGCCAAGGAAGCCUCCCAGUUACAGAGCGAGAUCAAGUAUAAAGAAGAUGGAAAAAAGAACAUUUCCAGUUCCCUUUAUUCACAACUUCCAGAGACAACACAGAUGCAGUUUGCAAGAGAAAUGACAGAUAUUCAGAGUGAGAUUAAGUACAAAGAAAAUGGGAAAAAGGGUAUAUCAAGGAGCAUUUACUCUCAACUCCCAGAAACUUCUGAGAUGCAGUUUGUUAAAGCUGUGUCAGAGCUCCAGAGUGAGACAAAGUACAAACAGCAAGGCAAAAUGCAGGCGUCCAGUUCUCUGUACUCUCAGCUACCAGAGACCCUGGAGACCCAACACGCCAAGGAGGCUUCCCAGUUACAGAGCGAGAUAAAGUACAAAGAGGGAGGAAAAAAAGACAUUUCCGCAAGUCUUUACUCUCAGCUUCCCGAGACAAUAGAGACUCAGUUUGCCAAGGAGAUCUCAGAUAUCCAGAGUGAGCUCAAGUACAAAGAAGGAUUGAAAGAGAUUUCUACCAGCCUUUACUCUCUGCUUCCAGAGACAGCAGAGACUCAGUUCUCUAAGCAGAUCUCGGAACUGCAGAGUGAGACGAAGUACAAGCAGCAAGGGAAGAAGGAGGGGAGCACCUCUCUGUACUCCCAGCUGCCGGAGACUCUGGAAACACAGCAUGCCAAGGAGGCCUCCCAGUUACAGAGCGAGAUCAAGUACAAAGAAGGUGGGAAAAAGGACAUUUCCAGUUCUCUUUACUCUUCACUUCCAGAGACAUCAGAGAUCCAGUUUGCGAGAGAAAUGACAGAAAUACAGAGCAAGAACAAGUACAAAGAAAAUGGGAAAAGAAGUAUUUCCACAAGCAUUUACUCCCAGCUCCCAGAGACCCCAGAGACUCAAUUUGUCAAAGCGGUUUCAGAGCUCCAGAGUGAGACUAAGUACAAGGAGGCCGGGAAGAAGCAAGUGUCCAACUCUCUGUACUCCCAACUACCAGAAACCCUGGAGACCCAGCAUGCCAAAGAGGCCUCCCAGUUACAGAGUGAGAUAAAAUACAAGGAAAAUGGGAAAAAGGGGAUUUCCAGUUCCCUUUAUUCUCAGCUUCCUGAGACUAUGGAGACUCAGUUGGCCAAAGAACAUUCAGACCUGCAGAGUGAGGUGAAGUAUAAAGGUGGAAAGAAGGAAAUUUGCGCAAGUCUUUAUUCCCAGCUUCCAGAAACAAUGGAGACCCAUUUUGCUAAACAGAUGUCGGAAGUCCAGAGCGAGUUGAAGUACAAAGGAGAUAUCCAUAAGGAACUGGCAAAUUCCUUGUAUGCACUGAUGCCCCAUACAAGGGAGAUGCAGUUUGCUAAGGAAAUGUCGCAGCUUUUGAGUGAGACUAAAUACAAGGAGGUGGGGAAGAAGGAGGCAUCCAGUUCUCUGUACUCUCAGCUGCCAGAGACCCUGGAGACCCAGCAUGCCAAGGAGGCUUCCCAGUUACUGAGCGAGAUAAAGUAUAAAGAAGAGGGGAAAAAGGAGGCUUCAUCUUCUCUUUAUUCCCAGCUUCCAGAAACAGCAGAGAUACAGCUUGCCAGAGAGCUCACAGAGAUACAGAGUGAGAACAAGUACAAAGAACGUGGUAAACAAAAUAUUGCUUCAAGUAUUUAUUCUCAACUCCCAGAAACCACAGAGACCCAGUUUGUGAAAGCUGUGUCAGAACUCCAGAGUGAGACUAAAUACAAGGAGGCAGGGAAGAAGCAGGCGUCCAGUUCUCUGUACUCUCAGCUACCUGAAACCCUGGAGACUCAACACGCCAAGGAGGCUUCCCAGUUACAGAGCGAAGUGAAAUAUAAGGAGAAAGUAAAGAAGGACACUUCCAGGUCCCUCUAUUCUCAGCUUCAGGAGACAGCUGAGAUUCAGUUUAACAAAGAGAUUUCAGAGAUCCAAAGUGAGGUCAAAUACAAAGAGGGUGGAAAGAAAGAGAGCUCAACCAGUCUUUAUUCUCAGCUUCCUGAGACAACAGAGAUCCAGUUUGCUAAACAGAUAUCGGAAAUCCAGAGUGAGUUGAAGUACAAAGGAGAUAACCAGAAGGAACUGUCAAAUUCCCUGUAUGCACAGAUGCCCCAUACAAGGGAGAUACAGUUUGCUAAAGAAAUGUCAGAGACAUUGAGCGAGAAUAAGUACAAAGAAGCAGGGAAGAAGCAGGCCUCUACUUCACUGUAUUCUGUGCUGCCAGAGACCAUGGAGACCCAGCACGCCAAAGAGGCCUCCCAAUUACAGAGCGAUAACAAGUACAGAGAGAGUAGCAGACAGACUCUCUCCAGCAGCCUCUAUUCCCAGCUCCCACAGACUACAGAGAUCCAGUUUGCCUCAGAAAUAUCUGCCAUUCAAAGCGAGAACAGGUACAAAGAACGUGGGAAGAGGAACAUUUCCAAUAGUAUUUAUUCUCAACUCCCAGAGACCACAGAGACCCAGUUUGUGAAAGCCGUGUCAGAACUCCAGAGUGAGACUAAAUACAAGGAGGCAGGGAAGAAGCAGGCAUCCAGUUCUCUGUACUCUCAGCUACCUGAAACCCUAGAGACUCAACACGCCAAGGAGGCUUCCCAGUUACAGAGCGAAGUGAAAUAUAAGGAGAAAGUGAAGAAGGACACUUCCAGGUCCCUCUACUCUCAGCUUCAGGAAACUUCUGAGAUUCAGUUUAACAAAGAGAUUUCAGAGAUCCAAAGUGAGGUCAAAUACAAGGAGGGUGGAAAGAAAGAGAGCUCAACCAGUCUUUAUUCUCAGCUUCCUGAGACAACAGAGAUCCAGUUUGCUAAACGGAUAUCGGAAAUCCAGAGUGAGCUGAAGUACAAAGGAGAUAACCAGAAGGAACUGUCAAAUUCCCUGUAUGCACAGAUGCCCCAUACAAGGGAGAUACAGUUUGCUAAAGAAAUGUCAGAGACAUUGAGUGAGAAUAAGUACAAAGAAGCAGGGAAGAAGCAGGCCUCUACUUCACUGUAUUCUGUGCUGCCAGAGACCAUGGAGACCCAACACGCUAAAGAGGCCUCUCAAUUACAGAGCGAGAACAAGUACAGAGAGAGUAGCAGACAGACUCUCUCCAGCAGCCUCUAUUCCCAGCUCCCACAGACUCCAGAGAUCCAGUUUGCCUCAGAAAUAUCUGCCAUUCAAAGCGAGAACAGGUACAAAGAACGUGGGAAGAGGGAUAUUUCCAAUAGUCUUUAUUCACAACUCCCAGAAACCACAGAGACGCAGUUUGCCAAAGCUGUGUCUGAACUCCAGAGUGAGACCAAGUACAAGCAACAAGGGAAGAACGGAGUGUGCGCUACUCUGUACUCUCAGUUACCUGAAACCCUGGAGACCCGACACGCCAAGGAGGUCUCCCAGUUACUGAGCGAGAUCAAAUACAAGGUAGAGGGAAAAAAAGAGGUUUCUUCUUGCUUAUAUUCUCGAAUGCCAGAGACCGCCGAGAUCCAGUUUGCCAAAGCAGUGUCGGAACUCCAGAGUGAGAAUAAAUACAAGCAGAAAGGUAAAGAGGAGAUUUCCAACAGCAUUUUCUCUCAACUUCCAGAGACGACUGAGACCCAGUUUGCUAAACAAAUGUCGGAAAUGCAGAGUGAGCAAAAGUACAAAGGAGAAACCCGGAAGGAACUGUCAAAUUGCUUGUAUGCACAGAUGCCCAACACAGUUGAAACCCAGUUUGUUAAAGAACUGUCGCAGUCCCUGAGUGAGAGUAAGUACAAAGAAGCUGGGAAAAGGGAGUUUGCCAACUCCCUGUAUGCCCAGAUGGCACAAACAAGUGAAACCCAGCAUGCUAAAGAGGUGUCCCUGCUUGUCAGCGAGAAAAGUUACAAAGAACAGGGUAAGAAGAACUCUGCCACCUGCCUGUAUGCCCAGAUGCCCCAGACCAUUGAAACAGUGUUUGCCAAAGAAGUGGGAAAGCACCAGAGUGAUAAACUGUACAAAGAGAAGUUCAAUGCAGAAAAGGGAAAGUCGAGCUACACGAACAUGAAGACCCUACCUGAUGUCGCCCACGCCAUGGAAGUUAACAAAAAACAGAGCGAGGUUGCCUACAGAAAAGGGAAGGAGGAACUUCACAAGUUCACUGAGGUGGCAGACAGACUAGACAUCCUCAGCGCCAGGCAGACCAGCAGGCUAGUCAGCGAUGUUGCCUAUAAGAGUAAAACCAAGACUGAUGUCUACAAUGUGCAGUCUGUCCUUGGACGGUCUGACAUUGAGCAUGCCAAAGAGGCCUCCAAAUUGGCUAGUCAGGUGAAGUACAAGGAAAAGUUUGAGGACCAGAAAGGGCAGAAGCCCCAGUACAACCCAGGGGAGUGUUUGUCCUUUAAACACACCCAGGCUGCCUCUGUUCUUGCCAGUCAGGUGAAGUACAAGAGUGACCUACAGCAGAUACAUGAGCCUUCCACUGACCUGCCGAAUCUGCUGCUCCUGGAACACGUGUUGCAAGCCAGCAAGCUGCAGAGCAAUCUGGAAUACAGGAAGAAAUAUGAGCAGUCUAAGGGCCAGUACCACUUUGCCUUGAACACGGCUGAACAGCUUCACCACAGGGAGAACGCGGUACUGCACAGUCAGGUGAAAUACAAGGAGAAGUAUGAGAAGUCCAAAGGCAAGUCACAGCUGGAGUUCAUGGAUACUCAGUCCUACAAAGUGUCCAAAGAAGCUCAGAAAAUGCAGAGUGAGAGGGAAUACCGAAAGGAGUAUGAUGACAACAUCCGGGGAAAGGCUCUGCUGGAGCUGGAUAUGACCCCUGGGUACUUGCAUGCUCGCUAUGCUAGCAGCCUCCUGAAUGAGAAGGAGUACAGGAAGGACUUGGAGCUGGGGGUGAAGGGGAGAGGGUUGUCUGGGCUGGGACUGGAGGAGACACCAGACCUAAUCCGUGUGAAGAACGCUGGUCAUAUCCUUAAUGAGAAGGAGUACAGGAAGGAUCUUGAGACAGAGAUUCGUGGGAAGGGCAUGGAGGUCAGUGCAGAGCUGCCAGAGAUCCAGAGGGCCAAGAGGGCCUCCCAGAUGGCCAGCCAGAAAGAGUACCGUAAGGACAUGGAAACAGAGAUUGUAGGGAAGGGCAUGGAGGUGAGUGUGGAUGUACUGGAGAUACAGAGAGCCAAGAAAGCCUCGGAGAUCACUAGCCAGACCUCCUAUAAACAGCUGUCUCAGCUGAGGGAGAAUUCAUACGGCACAGUUACGGACACUCCAGAGCUCCUCCAUGCCGCCUACCUAAAGGACGUAUAUAGCCAGAAAAAGUACAAGGACGAAGCGGAGAAGCUAAAGGGCUCGUACGCAGUGAUGUCAGACACUCCAGAGAUGGAGAGAGUGAGGAACAGCCAGAGGAACAUCAGCUCGUUGCGAUACUCAUGGGACUCAAAGCUGCUCAGGAGCCUGAUGUCAUCAGUCACUGAAACUCCUGAAAUCAUCCUCGCCAGGGAGAACUCUAAGAAAAUCAGCAAUGUGCAGUACAGGGAAGAGGUGGGCACAGGGACUGCCGUGAAGGACACCUUUGAGAUGGAGAGGGUCCGGAGGAACCAGGAGAACAUCAGCACCGUGCAGUACAGGAAAGAGGUGGGCACAGGGACUGCUGUGAAGGACACCCCUGAGAUGGAGAGGGUCCGAAGGAACCAGGAGAACAUCAGCACAGUGCAGUACAGGAAAGAGAUGGGCACAGGGACUGCUGUGAAGGAUACCCCUGAGAUGGAGAGGGUCCGGAGGAACCAGGAGAACAUCAGCACAGUGAAAUAUAAGAAACAGCUGGGCCAAGCCACUCCUGUAGGAGUGACUCCAGAGAUGGAGAGAGUUCGUCAGAACCAGGAGAACAUCAGCUCGUCCUUCGUCAGCUCAAGUGCAUCAACGUCACUGGUGAAGUACCAGCGGGGGUUGCAGGCGAUGAAGGGGCGGGCUUGCUCGGCGGUGGACACGCCCGAGCUGAGGCGUGUUAGGAAGUCGCAGAGCAGCAUCUCCAUGGCGAAAUACCAUGAAGACUUUGAGCGGACGAAGGGCCGAGGGUUCACCCCGGUGGUGGAUGACCCGAACUUGGAGCGAGUCCGCCGGAACAACCGGGUGAUAAGCGACGCGGCGUACAAGGGGGUGCAUCCGCAAGUGGUGGAGAUGGACCGCAGGCCAGGCAUCAUCGUCGACCUGAAGGUGUGGCGUACUGACCCAGGCUCCAUCUUUGACUUUGACCCUGUGGAGGAUAACAUUCAGUCUAAAAGUCUGCAAAAAAUGUCGGAGCGUGCAAACCGCCUUAGCCGCCAGCAGUCUCAGCAGUCUCUGCAUUCCCAGACCCAGUCAGUGAGCUCCCUGGGGUCUGAGCUGUGGGACAAGAGUCUGUCUGUCUACAGCAGCAGCUCUGCACAGCAGUCACAGGACAGAGCCCCCGUCCUGCCUGGAGCGUACCAACAGAGCGGGCACCAGCAGGGGUAUGGCUACAUGCACCAGACCAGCAUGUCGUCUGUGAGAUCUGUGCAGUCGCCCCCUCAUUCCACCACCAUGCAAAGAGUAUACCGGGCACUGUACGACUACGCGGCGCAGGACCACGACGAGGUGUCCUUCCGGGACGGUGACGUCAUCAUCAACGCACAGCCUAUCGACGAGGGCUGGAUGUUCGGAACGGUGCAGAGGACGGGAAAAUCCGGCAUGCUCCCCGCCAACUAUGUGGAGUGUUUAAACUAACUGUAACGCCUGCGCCUUACCCUACGGGCACCCCAGCCCCGGUCCUGGAGGGCAUAUAGCAGGGUCUCUUUGAGUCACUACAUCUCGGCACCAGGAAGCGUAGUUCAGUUUGCGCCCUGUGGACACAGCGAUUUAGGGCUAACAAUCCUGGUUCUUCAGAGCCACAAUGGCCUAUGUCAACAAUGGACUAUGUCUUCAAUGAUCUUUGAGAAUUGAAAACAUUGUCAUGCAUAUUAAUUAUUACAGAAAGUUAUUCCUCCAAUGAAGCACAUGCAGUAUUUUCCUGAUAUUAAAAAGAGGAGAGAUUGGUGGCUUUGCUGGACCAGGGUUGGUCAGCCUGGAUAAACGCUUGUAGAUACUACAAUCCUUCAUAAGUAGAGCUGGGAGAGCGUUUUCCCCUAUUUUAUUUUACUACCUUUUUCAUUUAGAUUUUAACUAACCUUUUAUUUUAUUUUUUUUAAGUGAUAGAAGCAUUGAGGAGAAUGACCUUUCAGUACUAAAAAUAAUAUAGUACUGUUGUCUUAUCUCUAUAACGCACUGCUUCAUGUUGCAUUUAGCACAACUGAUCUGACACUUUUUUUUGGUAGAUCUGCAACAUACAAGUAAUGCUGGUAGGCCUGGUAGUUAACAUAACUUCUUGCUGUGGGUUUAUUUGAGGCCUGUAUUACAGUUUCUGGUAUGCAAAAUGUUGGGGUUUAAUAGACACAAAUGUAUAUUUUGUCUUUAAAAUCGUAUAGAUAAGGGGUCACUGGUGAGACUAAAACUAAAAAAGACUUUCAAUUAGCAUUAAGCUACAAAUAUAAUAUAAUUUCUUUUUCGAAUGGUAAGUUAUGGGGUGUCAUGCUUUAUUUAUUCAGUACAAUAACUCGGGUUUACGCUUUGAUUUUGGGAUAGAAAUAUUGUAUGAACCUGAAAGGAUGCAAAACAGCCUCAAAUAUAUGGCAGAAAUGCUUGCCUUAAUCGAGAUUGCUGAGCAUUCUCGUGGAUCUCUGCCUGCACGACAUAGAAAUGCUAACGUAACAAAAUGUUGAAAAAAAAAAGCUGAAAUAGUAAGUGAAUUCUGAAUUUAACAGAGGAUAACACCCCUUAAGUGCUGGGCAUGUACGCAACAUGGCAGCGCAAAACACGACUGCGGGUGCUGUAAGCUAAGCACUCAUUGAAAACUUCAUCAACCUAUAUAAUUUAUAAAUUGGACUUUAUGUUUUGUAGCUUAUGCAAGGUUGGGCUCUGCUUGUUAUAAUUUUUUUUAAAAUGUACUUUGACAGAAUUUUCACCAUCAAAAUCACGUGUGCACUUACAUAUGUUAUCUCGAUUGCCGGAUUGUUUCUUCUCUUGCUUCAUAGCCCCUUUACGCAUUUUCCCAGUACACAAUACUUUCAUUUUAGGGUUAAAUUAAAAUGGAUAGUUUAAACAGAGACGAAUAUUUAUUUGUUCUGAGAAUAACGAAAAAAUCAGAAACGGUGAUGUUUCGUUUAUACGAACCUUUUUGUCUUGACAUUCUUCUCUUCCUAGUAGAGAUGAAAAGAACAAGUAUUUUUUUCCCCCAGUGUUUAAGCAUCGUCACUGAUUUUUUUUGUUUAAGCUGAUAUAAUAGAUGAAUCUCAAAUGUCGUCACCUCUUGUUUUGUAAGCAGUUUAGUUUUGUUUCGUUAUUAAUUGCAGUGUGUCCCGUGAGAAAAUAAACAGCUUUGUCAAACCAGA